AUGGUAGAUCAUCACCGACAAGAAGCAUUAUUCACCAUCACGCCCGUACGGACGCCGGACCAAGUCAAGGAAGCCGUGACGUUAUUCCGCGCGUACGCCGACAGCCUGGGAUUCGACCUGGGCUUCCAGAACUUCGACGCCGAGAUGGCCGGGAUGCCAGGAAAAUACUCCCCGCCGACAGGGGAGCUGUUGCUUGCUCGAAGCAACGACGACGGUCAAGCGAUAUUGGGCUGUGUCGGCUUGAGGCCCUUGCCAUCGCCGUCACCGUCGUCGUCGUCGUCGUCGUCCGCUGAUGCACAUGCAGAUGCAGAUGCAAAUAUCAACAAUGCCCAUACCCAUACCCACACCCACACCCAUACGAGUACCAGUACUGGCGCUUUCACAACACAAAUAUGUGAGAUGAAGCGACUGUAUGUGACACCCUCGGGGCGAGGCAUGGGUGUCGGCAAGGCGUUGGCGGCAGAGAUCAUCGCCGUCGCCCGUAGACUGGGUUAUUCCGAGAUGAGGCUGGACACUCUCUCCAGUAUGGUCGCCGCGCUGGCCAUGUAUAGAGCUCUUGGAUUCGAGGAAAUUCCCGCCUACUAUGAUACGCCGCUUGAGGGGACUCACUUUCUGUCACUCGCAUUGGAGACUACCUAA